AAGGAAAUGUUUCGAAUAAUUGGAUUAUUUUUAGUCGUUAAUUGGGUAGUAGGUGAAAAUUUUGUGAUUGAAGAAACAGGAAGACGACGAGUGGUUUACGGCACUACGGGUAAGCCGGUUAUAAAAUCUGGUGUAAGUCCUAAUACAGUCGAUAAUAUUUUUCAGAUACCAAUCACGGCCAUAGAAGGAACCUCCACUGCAGCGCAAUCCUGGUACCCUGAAAACAGUGACACAAUUAAUAAAGUAUUCGAUAUCCCCGUGCAAACUUUGCAAGCCAUAAGUAACCUGGUAAAAGAUCGACUAACUCAAGAAGCUAAGUCAGUAAAUGAAGAAGAAAUCAAGUCUUUGGAGAAAAAAAUAAGUGAAGAAAAUGUAGAACCAGAAAACCAGGACUUUACAACCAGAAAAAGACACGCAUACCUUGGCUGGGACUUUCCGCUAACUGACCUGUUUUUUGGACACGACCAAGGCUUCCAUGGACAUGGUCACAAGAAGAAAAAACGCAAGCCACACAAUCUCAACGGCCAUUUCGGAAACCACGGAAGUCAUGGACAUUUGAGCCACCAUGGACUCUUUGGAAAUCGUAAUAGCAAUAGUAAUAAUAUAGGCCAGCCUAUUCUGGGUGGAGAUGGUAACAUUUAUCAUGUCACAGAGACACUGGAUGACGCUGUUCAGAUUGGUCCUUGGAAACCUUACUCUGGAAUUAUACAAAAUAAAAUAGCACCUGAAUCGCGCUUUCGAUUUUAA